AUGGCUGUGCCCCCAGCCCUGCUGCCCUACAUGCCCCGCGUGCCCCCCGGGGCCCUGCUGGGGAAGGUGACGGCCACCACCUUCGUGCUGGAGAGACCCUGCUGUGUCUUCGACCGGCUCGCCAACACCUCUGAUGCCGUCUGGCUGGUGGUGGCUUUCGCCAAUGCCUCGGCCACCUUCAGAAACCCCCCGUCCCGCGCCGACGUGCCCCUCUACGAGGGGCUGCCCACCGCCCACGCCUACAUGACGCUGGAGACGGCGGCAGCUGCCUACGCCUGCUCGGCACCUGGCCCGGCUGUCCUGCGGGUCGGUGGGGACACGGCGUGCGGGGGCCAGCAUGGCCAGGCAGCCUGCAACGGGCCCCUGCCCUCCCCGGGGCCGUACAGGGUGAAGUUCCUGGUGAUGGACUGCCACGGCCCCAAAGCGGAGACGAGGUGGUCCGACCCCAUCCUCCUGCGGAGAGCCCGCAGCCUGAGCACCGUUGACCCCAUGCCUGUGCGCCGCAGCAGCGACGUGGUCGUCAUCGCCUCCAUCCUGGCCAGCCUCAGCGCCGGGCUGGCCGUGGCAGCGCUCGGUGCCAUGGGGUAUGAGGGCUGA